AUUAAAAUCGAAUCAAAAUUUUCAAUAUUGAAACAAAUAUUUUUCCAUCUGGAUUGUAUUUACUGUUGCGUGUGAUUAUUCAAAGUUUCGGAGAUGCAAAUGUAUUUGGAAAGUCGCCUAACGCGCAUGAUGGCGCUGAAGCGGCAAAUCAAGAAAGGCAGCGAGCAACUGGAGGAGCUUAAGCGGCGAGCCAAGCGUCGACACGGCCUGCUGCAGAAAAUCCGCGACAAGCUGCUGAACCAGCUGAACAGCGUGGUGGAUGAAAAAUUAACGCUCCACAAAUUGGCCUACAAGAAGCGCACGCGCCACACGCUGCACCGCAUGCUGGACAUGUACAGCAAGUGGGUUAAGAAGUGGCAAGAACAUCUGACGCAGCAGCGCAGACAGAUAAACGAGAAGCAGCAGCAAGGACUGCAGCUGAAGCGUCAACUGAAGAGGCUAACUAAACAGUUCUGGCGUCUGCCCAAUGCACAACAGCGCUUGGAGGAGAACUUUCAAAAUGUGGUGCAAGUAGCGCAGAGCUAUGCCGAGGCCAAGAACAAUCCACAUCUGCAGGAGCUGAUGCAUAUAGAAGUGGCAAAGAGUCAGAAGCAAUUGCUCAAGUUAAUGAGUGAGGCCAAGCAAACGAAGAGCAAGGGAAAAAGGAAAAGGCGGCGCAGCACAUCAGCAACUACAUCAAAGAUCAAGGUAGCCUCAGAGCUGGAGCAGAUGGCGCAACUGGCAAAACUUGCGGAUUUCACAAAGCUAACCAAGUCCUCAAAGCGCGGCAAGAAAAAAUCGAGACAACGCGCCAGGAAGCCAAGCAAGCUACAAAGCUUAAAUGGCAGUUUAAAACAUAAGCCCAAGGAUGAGAAACGCCUUUUGAAGUCUAAAAUCAAGGACAUUGCGCACGAGGAAAAGCUGAGCUUUAACCAAUUGGCCAAAGCAUAUGAUGUGAAGAUCAGAGACUCCACUUUGACCUUCGAUAUCAUUCACAAAUCUAAGAAGGCAGAUGCUGAGUCCAUAACCAGCAAGACUAAGCUGAGACCAGUGCUGUCUGCCGAAGAACCCAAAGCCCACAGGACGCUGUCAAUGACUGCGCCGACAGAAAAAUUCAUGCCCAAAUCAGCGCAUCGCAUAUCGGCGACCUUGAAUCCCAAGCGUUCGGUGCUGUUUUCAGAGAAUAGCAGCUCCGAUUCGCUGCUGGAUGAUCGAGGCAACCGACCGAAUCCGUUCGCCAAGCAAAUCAUGGAAAGCUUUCAUGGAGAUAACAACGGAUUUGCCUGGAUGCCAGGACCCGAGCAGUCCAUGGAGCAGUUUCGUGCGCUAUUGCGCGCCAAACUGAAUCCGCUGAGCGCCACCAACUUGCACGAUCCGACCAACGUGUCCGUUGAAUUCUUUCCCAGCAUGCUGGGCUUGGUUGAUGAAGUGAGGCACAAGACCGCCGUAGGCAGAGAUUUGUUUAAGAACUUAAACCAGAAGCAAAAAGGUCACAAGCAUCGCAAAGUGCAAAUGGAACUGAAGGAUGCUAUACUAGCCACCAGUGUGUUGGACUUGAUGGCCGACAAGGAGCGCAUUGUGCAAACCGUCGAAACGCAUUACAUGUGGGACAAUCUGGCCCAGCUCAAUGAGGAGCUGCAGGGCUCUGGCCUGUCCAAGGAGCGCGUGGCCAAUAAGCUCAAGGAGCAGUACAACAAGUACAUUACACAAAUUGUCACCGAUGAGCUGACCAAGGGCGCCAAAGCCGUGGUGCCCAAAGAGAAAUUUCUGCAGACGCCCAGACCAUCAAACGCCGCCACUCGACGCAGCUUCAACAACCUGCCGCUGAGCAGCGAUGAAGUCAACAAGCUGGCAACCUACUUCAGCCAGCCGCGCCUUGCCCAAACCGUCGACAUGCAGAACACCAACGACCAUCAGCAGCAAAAGGAAAAGGAGCUGGCCCAACAAAUGUCCGAAAUACGUCGUCGCCGUCUCUUCAAUCGUCUAUCUGAAUGCGAGAGCAGCUUCAGCUCAGUGGACAUUGAUCCCGAGGAGGCGCGUCGCACCAUCGAAAUGCGCUACAGCGCCGACGGCAUUAUGAGCAUUUGGCAAAUGCAUGUGGAGUACUUCGACAAUCUGGAGAUGACGCCGCUGCAGCAGCGUCUACAAGAGCGCAAAGAGUACAAAGCAGCGCUGCGGCAUGAAAAACGCGCAGCAGCCAAACGGAAGCGCUUGCAACGCCGUCAGCAGCGACUGCAGCAACGUCCGCUCGAGCGUCUCUUCUAUGAGCCGCGACGCACGCAUCGUUUGCAGCAGUCGCUGCUGGAUGAGCAGCCAGCACCAGCACCUGAGCCGUCCGCUUGUCCAGCUCAUAGCUGCAUUCGCUGCGGCGCAUGCAUGUCCAGCUCGCCACGCAGCUCCCGCAGCCACAGCAGUCUUAGCAGCAAUGGCAGCAGCUCUUGCCUCAGCUUGUCGAAGCAGUCGUUGCUGGCUUGUAGCAAGAACUCCCAGCUGCUGCGACUGACUGCCGACAUUUGCAGCUCUUGCGGCUUUGUGCAUGACGCGCACUCGGCUUGUCCGCUGCUGGGCAGCGCGCCCAUUGGCAAGGAACUGCAGCAGCUGCGCCUAAUUGCAAGUCUAAGUUGUUCUCGCAGUGGCACUUGUAGCUGAGAAACACGGACACACACACACACACACACGCAUAUUUUGUUUAAGUGUUAAGUGAAUUCGAGUAUUGCGCAUACGCCGUGUGGGCGGUGCACAGACAUACAUUUGAAUACACUUGCCAGCCUCGACAGCACUCCAAGUGCUGCUCAUUUAGCCUUUUCGCGAGCAGACAUUUAUGUUCUGCAUGAAGCGGCUUUAGUCGUCUGUCUGGGCAUAAGCCAUAGAGUUAUGUACCAAAAAUUAUGUAUUUAAUAAAAUUAGAUUUUUAUUUUUGA